AUGCAGAAGACGACCAUGCAAGGAGGGCAGCUUCCUCCGAAUCCCCAGGCAGCUGGUCAACAGAUCAUGAGAACCUCGUCUACGGACAAGACGGGAGCUCCUGUGCCCAUCAACACUUUCAAUCAACUUGUAUGGAAGGGAAACUUUAUCACUCUCAAGGAAGGGAACCAAGAGACUUUCUGUUCAGCGUACGGAUACGUUGCUCUGCAUCCUAACGCGCCGCCUGAAGCCAAGGACAGGGUGCAAUCGAUGUUUCCGCCGUUGACAAGUGGGGACAGUCCUCCCAUGGAAAUCAAGAAAUUCGAAGAUGCUUCCAAGCUCCCCGACUGGCAGGGCUUGUGCUUGUGCUUCACCGAGCAGCCGGGGCCCGAUGGAGCUCCCAACGACAAGUUCAGGAAGCUGCAUCUCUCUCUUACCAAGCACAACAAGUUCGCCUACGUCAUCGCAAACACUCAAGGAGCUCCGCGAAUCUUCGCGUUGACCCCCGACGGCAACCCCAAGAACGCGAACUCGACGGACUGGAAACUAUUCGGCAUCAUUGUUCAGGUUCAUUUCCUCGCUUCCUCUGCACUGAGGUCGCUAAUGCUCUUCUCGACCAUCAGAGGCGUCAAGCUCAGCCUGCAGCAGCCCGGGCAGCCGCAAACUCACCAGCAGCCUCCUCAGGGUCAGCAAGCCAUGGCGCAGGCUCAGCGGCAGUAUCCUGGAGGAGCAGCCGGCAACCCUGGGGUGAUGCCGGCGCACAUGCAAGGGAGACAACCUGUGCAGCAGGGGAGGCCAGGGUCCGUGCCCAUGGCGCCAGGCGUAGCGCAACAUCAGCCCUACAUGAAUAUGCCAGGGCGAGGUGGAGCACAGCGACCCAAGGGGAGGUAG